CGCAUGGGCGGAGCGGGCGGCGGCGGCGGCGGCGCCAUGCGGCUGAGCCCGUGCCAGGCCGUGCUGGCGCUCGCCAUCGCGCUGAACCUGCUGGUGCUGUACUACGUGUCGCGCCUGCAGCGGCGGGCGGCGCGGCGGCCCCGCGAGCGCGGCCCCGCGAGCGCGGCCCCGCGGCCCGGCCUCACCGUGCUGCUGCGGGAGUUCGAGGACUUCGAGAACUACGUGCCCGAGGUGGCGCGCGCCUUCCUGCGCCAGCGCCCCGCGCCGCCCGUGCUGGUGGUGGCGGACGCGCCGCCCUACCCGCCGCUGCGCCUGCCGCCCGGCCCCGGCCCCGGCGCCCGCCUGCUGGUGCUGCGCCCGGCCGCCGACCAGCCCGCCGCGGCGCGGCGGCCCGAGGCGCACGUGAGCACGGAGUUCGUGGCGCUGGUGCCGGACGGGGCGCGGGCGGACGGCGCGGGGCAGCUGGAGCGCAUGCAGGAGGCGCUGCGGGCCGAGCGCGGCAGCGUGCGCAUGGUGGCGGCGCCGGUGCGGGCCCUGCGGCCCCUGCAGUGCCUGGACCUGCGCGUGAGCCUGCGGCGCUGGGCGGCCGAGUACCGCGCGGCGGCCGCGCCCGGGCUGUGCGGGGCGCUGCGGGGCGACGCCGUGGUGCUGCUGCGCGCCAGGGACCUCUUCAACCUGUCCACGCCGCUGGCCCGGCCCCUGCUCACCUCGCUCUUCGUGCAGACGGCGCUGCGGGGCUGGGCCGUGCGGGUGCUGGACGUCUCCUUCCCCUCGCUGCACCAGCCCCUGCUCACCUCCUCGCACAACCAGUGGAAGGCCGACCGGCGCGCCCAGGCCAGCCGGCGCCGGCUCUUCCAGGACUUCGGCAUCAAGCGGGUGGUGCUGGAGGACGGCCGGGAGCAGUGGUACGGGUGCAGCAAGGAGACGCCGCGCUGCUUCGGCACCGUGCACGACGACACGCCCGAGUACCUGUACCAGGACCGCUGGACCCCGCCCUGCUGCCUCCGGGCCCUCCGCGAGACGGCCCGCUACGUCGUCGGCGUCCUGGAGGCGUCCGGCGUGCGGUACUGGCUGGAAGGCGGGACGCUGCUGGGGGCGGCUCGGCACGGGGACAUCAUCCCCUGGGACUACGACGUGGACCUGGGCAUCUACCUGGAGGACGUCCCCAACUGCGAGCUGCUGCGCAGCGCCGAGGCGGGCUCCGUCGUGGACGAGAAGGGCUUCGUGUGGGAGAAGGCCAUCGAGGGCGACUUCUACCGGGUGCAGUACAGCGAGCACAACCACCUCCACGUCGACCUCUGGCCCUUCUACCCCAAGAACGGCGUCAUGACCAAGGACACGUGGAUGGACCACCGGCAGGACGUCGAGUUCCCCGAGCACUUCCUCAAGCCCCUGGUGCCCCUGCCCUUCGCCGGCUUCACGGCCAUGGCGCCCAACAACCACCGCGGCUUCCUGGAGCUGAAAUUCGGGGCAGGCGUCAUCGAGAACCCCGAGUAUCCCAACCCCGCACGGAAGAGGCUGGACAAGGGGGCUCUCUGAACGCCGGGCCCACGCCUUCCAGAGAGACUGCCCUGGCCAGGGGUGCCGGGAGAUGUGCCACGGGCCGCCAGCACCGGGGAAGUCCAGCCUCUGCCGUGGUGCUGAGGACGAGCUGCACGACGGGGCAGGUGACCUGGACCGCCACCACCGCCUCCCUCGGGUUCGCAGUCAGACAGCUCAGACUUGUCCCGUCCUGGCCGGGGCGCGGGUUUGUCGCCCGCUCGGGCAUGCGCAGUGGGGCAGCUCUGGGGCGAAACACCCCAGGGUCGUGGGGAUGAAGCCCUUGUGCCCGAGACUGGGGCCAGGCGGCUACCGGGGCUCCGUCCGGUCCACCCUGCCAGGCAGAGAGAGGCCCGAGACGGCCCGGUGCGUCCCGUCUGCCACCGCUUGCGGCAUCGGCUGGCGCUAGAACAGCUCGCGGACGCCUGCCCGGGGCUCUGGCCCACACAGCGGAGGGGAAAGUGCGGUGCUCCCCGCUCGUCACGCGCCCGCUGAUGAGAUUCGUGCCUUGUUUCUGGAAGGCAGGAUGGAGGGGGGAAAAAGGGUCUGUUGGCCGCCGUUGGAGCGCAUCGUCUCCAUGCUUCUCUUCCUCCCUGCAUCUUUUCCAGCUAGGUCACCCCCCCCAGUUUGGAGGGCUGAUUUUUUGGGGUGGCACGCAAGGAAAUGUGGUCAUGAUGCCGCUGCCUCAACGGUGCCGAGCGGCUGGGGGUUUGUCGGCCCUUAGUUCGAAUCUGGUUGGAGUGAGGGGAAGGGGGGGUUUACCACGCUGAAGAGGAGGUCUGCCCCGAGCAGGGGGAGGCCGCAGGCCUGCGGUGGGCGGCUCACGGCACACGGGCCAGGGGCAGCGAGCUCUGGGAACGGGGGCUCUUGGCAAUGCUGCCUCAGAGCUGCAUGGGGGAGACGCGAGCCCCACGCCCGUUACCCGGGCAGGUGUGCCCUGGGGGGAGGUCAGAGCAGGGGACAGCUUGGCCACCCCGUGCCCAGUGGGCCCACCUCCCCCUUCCCAGCUGAGUCUGUCUCAGAGCCAGGACGUGCCUCCUCCUCUCCAGCCUCAGUUUUCCCUGCUGCAGCUGCAGCCCAUUGCUCCUAGUCCCGUCCCCUGUGGCCACAGAGAAAAGCCUGUCCCCGUCCUCUCUGCCGUUGCCCCAAGACUGGGAUCAAAUCCCCCCCUUGUCUCUUCGCCCCUCACCCCCCGGUCCUGUCUCCCGGCCCCUCACCCCUUGCGUCGCUCUCCGCCGGACCCUUCCAACCUCCCCCUGGGAGCGCAGGCCCGACCUGCACCCGGGGCUCCCCGCUGCCAGACGGAGGACAAUCGCUGCCCUUGAUUUGCAAGCGAUGCUCCUUCAGACAGCCCAGGAGGCUGCUGGCUUUUUCUUGCACCCUGUACGGUCAUCUGAUCCGACCCCCAAAUGAAGCCAGCUGCCGUGGGAUUCGACCCUGCACCUGCAAAGCCUCCCCCCCCCCCCGACUUCCCCGUGUUCCCAGACGCUUGCUCCAAGGGUGGAGCCGGUCCCCUGCGAGCUCUGCUCUGGGGUGCGGGGUGGAGACGAAUAAAGGCCGGUCCCUUGUUGGCCCCUUCCUCUUC